UGUAAUUGGCCAGCUGCUGUACCAGCUCAGGUCCUCCCUUGAUAACCAAUUUAUCCUGAGCUGUAGUAAGUUAGAGCUGCUUAGGUUUAACACUUCAGCACCUGAAAGGGAGGAGGAAGCAGUAGCUUCUGAUCUAUUAUUUCAGUGAUUUUCCUCCACUCUUUGACUUUGCGUAGCGUCACAGCUGUGCUUCUUCUCCACUGACAAGAUGUCCAGGGUAGCAAAAUACCGAAGGCAAGUCAGUGAAGAUCCAGAUAUUGAUAGCUUAUUAGCUACUUUAUCUCCAGAGGAGAUGGAAGAGCUGGAAAAGGAGUUGGAUGUGGCUGAUCCAGAUGGGAAUAUCCCUGUGGGACUCAGGCAAAGAAACCAAACUGACAAGCAGUCGACUGGCUUGUUCAACCGAGAAGCAAUGCUCAACUAUUGUGAAAAGGAGUCCAAGAAACUUAUUCAGAGGGAACUGUCAGUGGACGAAGGGAAACCAGCAGAGAGGAAAAAAGACCCCAGGAACCUGGAAGGAAGGGGUAAGGAAGCUCGUUCACAAGACCUGGGCAGGAAACGAGACUUUGAUCUGGGAAGAGAAUGUGCUCAGAAAACAAGUUACAAAGAGAAGGAAGAACUAGAGAGUAAAUGCAAUGACAAACCCAAAGGAGAAAAGGCCCCCAAGGACAAAGACAAAGUCAUCGACAAAAAACUCAUAGGAAAGGGCCAAAAGGAAGAAGAGAAGAGAGCGCCAGCAAAGAAAGAGCUAGGAAAAGACCGAAAAGGAGAAGAAAGGAGAGAAAAGGAUGGUAAAGAAGAAGAAAAGCAUUCAGCUUUAAAGAAAUACUCAAAGGUUGAUGGUAAGGAGAAAUCACUUAUAGACUCCAAAGGAGUCACUGAGGAAAAGGCUCCUCAAACACCAGAGACAGAGCCUAAACAGAUGCCAGAAAAUUACCCCUCAAAACCUGUGGACAGUCUCCCAAGCCAGACCAAGGAAGAGGAGGAAGCAGCUUCCAGUAUUUUUGAUGAGCCCUUGGAAAGACUGAAAAAUGUCAAUAACUCCGACUGCAUCACCAGUGAAAUCCUCGUGCGCUUCACGGAGGCCUUGGAAUUUAACACUGUGGUCAAAGUGUUUUCCCUGGCCAAUACCCAUGCCGAUGACCAUGUUGCAUUUGCCAUUGCCAUUAUGUUGAAAUCAAACAAGGCACUAAGCAGCAUCAAUCUGGACUCUAACCACAUCACCGGUAAAGGCAUCCUGGCCAUCUUCCGUGCCCUGCUGCAGAACAACACCCUGACAGAGCUGCGUUUCCAUAACCAGCGGCACAUCUGUGGAGGGAAGACGGAGAUGGAGAUAGCCAAGCUGCUGAAGGAGAACACUACCCUCCUGAAGCUGGGCUACCAUUUUGAGUUGGCCGGGCCCCGCAUGACAGUCACAAACCUGCUGAGUAGGAACAUGGACAAGCAGAGGCAGAAACGCCUGCAGGAGCAGAAGCAGGCUCAGGAAUGUGGAGAGAAGAAAGACCUGCUAGAGGUGCCAAAGGCAGGCGGUUUGCUAAAGGGGUCCCCCAAAUCUUCCCCACAGCCAUCCCCCAAAUCUUCCCCAUGGUCUUCCCCUAAAAGUUCUCCUAAGAAGGGUGGGCUGCCAGCUGCACCUCCCCCACCUCCACCUCCACUAGCACCACCCCUGAUCAAUGAAAAUAUAAGGAACUCUCUCUCUCCAGCCACACAGAGGAAGAUGGUGGAGAAAGCACUUCCUCCUCAGGAGAAGAACUCGAGGGACCAGCUGUUGGCUGCCAUUCGAUCCAGCAACGUCAAACAGCUCAAGAAGGUGGAGGUGCCAAAAUUGUUGCAAUAGGACGCGGAAGCUGGAUCUCUGCAGGGAUGAGACCUGUGGCAGAAAAUAGGACGUUUGCCUUUCUCGUGACUGUUUACAUGACAAGUCCUUCGAGACUCUGCCAUGGCCACCUGCCUGCCCAGAGCCUGAGGAGCAGUGUUCUCUGUGGGUCCAACGGAGGGGUCAUCCGGGGGCCAGUGGAAGCAGUGUGUGCAGCAGACCUGCUCUUCAUUUUUACAUUUUUUUAACUCUUAAAGCUUUUUUGCAGCCAGCACCAGCAAGCGGCAUGCCAUUGCCAGGUGAGGGACAGCCCCAGGAAUGGGAGGGAAGCUGUUUGGGCCUCUCUGCUGACAAUUUGGAGUGUAAGUUCCCAAGGGCAGCAGCUGCAGGAUGGACGUCCCUGGAACUGCAUGGCUCUGCCAAUACAGAACCGCAUGUAGGCAGCAGUCCGCACCCAACCAGCCUUGCUUUGCUCUGGCUAGGGGACAGGUGGCAGCAGGACACUGUGGCGUGCCGCCGAGCAGAACGCAGAGCAGAAAUGAAUUGCCACCUCUCGGGUUCAGAGUCAACACUGCAGGGGAGGG